UUCUGUGCUUUUUGAUCGACCAUGCCUCCUAUUCCAGUCGUAAACGGUGAUGUUGGCGAGAAGCUGGCAAAUGAAUCGGCGUCUAGCGAAAGCCUUGACCAGUCGAAUUCCUUGGACAAAACGGAGGAACCCUUUUUACCGGCCGAGGAGAAAAGCGGAGAUCCCGCAAAAAUCGCCUUGAAAAAGAACGUCUCACUUAUCAAUGGUAUUGGCCUUAUUGUGGGUACAGUCAUCGGCUCUGGUAUCUUCGUCUCUCCAAAAGGUAUACUCGAGGAAUCAAACUCAAUCGGGGCUUCUCUACUUGUUUGGCUUGGUUGUGGCGCGUUAGCUUUGUUUGGUAGCCUCUGUUACGCAGAAUUGGGAACGUGUUUCAAGAAGUCGGGCGGCGAAUAUGCUUAUCUCAUGGAAGCUUUCGGUAGGAUCCCUGCCUAUCUAUUUGCUUGGACAUCAGUGCUGAUCAUUCGACCGGCUUCAGGCGCCAUCAUUGCAUUGAUAUUCGCGGAGUAUGUAACCAAACCGUUUUAUCCUGAUUCACCAGCCCCGACCUAUUUGUUGAAGCUUUUGGCUUGUUCGUGCCUGGGUAAGUGAUUACUACUACUACUACUUUUUGAUUCAUUAUAAACCAGGAUAAGUUCGUGAUUUUCUUGUUUUAUUUUGUUUCGCACGUUGUUGUAGCAAGCGAAAUGUGGCUUUUGUAUUGAUCUAGUUUUGUACGGAGCUGUGUUCAUUGUCGCAGCUGGUAGAAACGUGGACAAACCUGCCCUAAGGCUUGGCGGGAAUUUCUGUUUUGUAAACUAAAUUGCUUUUUAUUUACAGUUUUCAGUGAGAUACCACCAAGGUUACCGGCCGUUAACUCCUUUAUGUUUUAGUAAUGAAAAAAUUGUAUAGACUAAGUUCAAGUCCUUCAGCGAUACCGACAAAUUCAAUUUUUAUUCCCAACCACGUGCUUUCAGCUCGAACACUGCGACUAAAAUCUGGUUAAAAAAAUCGCUAUACGGUUUUAUUGAGCUUAUUUUCUGAAUUACAACUUGAAAUACGAGCAAUUAUCUUUAUUGAACGUUUGUACUUCUACGAAUCGCAAAUGAUGACGAUCCCUUUUGUAAUAUUUUGGUCGCCAUGUUUCGUGAUUGCGUCAGAUAUUUGUUAUUCUGAACCAUUGGAGUGUGAAGCAAUCCAGCUUAACAUUCCUUAGUUCACGUGGGGUUGCUUGGAGAACUUCCAUGACAUUUCUUCAUUCCAAAAAUAGUGGAGAAAAAAAAAAUAGGGGGGAAGAUAUUGAAAACAGUCCUUUGAAAAUGUGCAAAACCUAAACGAUAUUGCCCUGUAAAAUUAAUUUAGCUUUUGGUUACCCAAAAAUAGAGUAUCAUUGCCCUUAAUCUGAUCAAUUAAAAAAGUGUACACUUUUAUUUGUGUUAUUUUUUUGAACCCCUUCAUUUAUUAUGCAUCCUACACUCAAGCUUCUAUAUAUCAUGAGGCUCAUAAGGAGAUUAUAAAAGGUUUUUGAUUUCUGCUUGGGCAUGGGGCGAUUGUAUCAUUGAAUCACUCAUUAGACAUAAUAUUAUAUGGAAAGUAUUUUUAAGGGCAAUACAGGUGUAUCUAGUCUUUAAUCAAAACAACGUCUUAAAUUCCCUUGAAAAAUCCGUCAUCUUUGAUGGAAAACUGCAAACUUUUGUUACAAAAUUUGUGUUUUUUCUUGGAGCACACAUUCUGCGCAUUUAGAAAUUUAAGUAUAGUUUUGAAUGUUUUAGAUGUCUUGAGUGAUAUAGUAUGAGUCCAAAUUUUUAGAGCAUUUACGUUUAAGUAUUGAUGAAAAAAGGAGACCUCUUAAAAACCCAAAUGGUUUAUCUAUCUUUAAAUCUUAAUUCAGAGGGAAAAGAGAUACCUCUAAAAUAGUUUUCCAGGGUUUUCAUUAUGAGCUCUAGUACACAUGUAGCUGGAGAAAGGUGUAACAUUAGAGGAGAAUAUUUUGAAAGGGGCUCCACAUCUACAUAAAAAAUAGUCGUAGGCUUACUGAACGUUAGCCAGAGAAUUCUGUGUAAUGAACAGAGAAUUCUCUCAUUUCUGAUGCCUAAUGAACGCCCUGGUUUUCCAUUUACAUUUUUUUAAUAACAUUUUUCCUCAAUCAAUUCACUUUGUUAAUAAAUUAUUGAUUGGUACACUCCCUAUCCUUCAUUGGCUCAAUUUACUCAGGAAACCCCUUUAGACUUCGACAGUUACAGUAUGUAAUAAAUGGUGUCUCUUGAGUGUUGUUAUGACUUCAAUCUUCUCUUUUGACUAACAAAGUGGCUUUUUUGUCAGAAUAAACACACUGUACAAGCAGAAGGAAAAUGAAAUAUCCUGCGUUUAAACUUUGGCCCUUACAUAUGCACUAUUGUCCAAGCAUAAUUUGAUAAAAUCAAGAUAGUUGGUUAUUGGCCAAGUUCUUUUUUUGUGUUUUUAUAGACCACAACAAAAUCAAGGUCCAUUAAAACGCAAAAAAAAAAUGAGGUAACUAACUAUUCAGCUGUUUUUUACCACACAUUCUUGACCAAUAAAGGAUUUAUUUGGCCAACACAAAUAACUAUACUUGCCGGAGAAAGUGGGUGAUUCCGAGAGGCAGAGUGACAGACCAAAAAUGAACAAUUUCAGAAUGAGAAAUGAUUGAUAGCAUUAUGUAGAACUCUAAAUCAAUUUUGGUUGCAACAAAUAUCUGAUGGCGACCCAUGACUAAUAUCAUUGUUAAUAUUCUCACUAUUUUCCAGUGAUACUCACUGCUAUUAACGUCUGGAGUGUGAAGUGGGCUACUCGAAUUCAGGACAUUUUCACAUAUGCAAAGCUUUUGUGUAUUGUGAUGAUAACCAUCAUUGGCUUUGUUGAACUUGGAAAAGGUACAAAAAAUGUUCAUUGUCAUAAAAAAACUAUCCAUUGACAUUUCAGCUUCACACAACCAUUGUAUUCUGACUUAAUUUUCUUAAAAUUAUUUAUGUCUAAAGGAAAGACUGAACAUUGGAAGGAUGGAUUUGCUGGGUCAACUACAGAUGUUGGAAAAAUUGGAAUGGCAUUUUAUAUCGGUCUGUGGGCGUAUGAUGGAUGGUGAGUUGGCAUUCCUAUAGAGGCUGCAUUUUAGGUAUUUUUCACAACUAAUAUUUUUGGUAAGAGUGGAGUUGGGAUUGUUCUCUAAGUGUUUUAAUGUAAAAAGUAAAAUAAAUAAUGGUGAAUACUCUGUGAAAGUAUAAGAGAAUUAUAGUUAGUGACUGAUUUUGAAAUGAAACCUGAAGGAGCUAGUUUAGCUAAGCACAGAAUUUUUGGUUUUUGUACAAAGACUUUAGUCUCGCAACAAUGUUGUUUUAAGUUUAGUGGUGAUCUAACGUGUAAAUGUAUAGGCCAUAGUUUCUGUGGUUGAGAGAGGGUUUUAUGCUCUUACAAUAAUAUUGGACAUUGGGCGAUUCCAGAAAAUAUCCAUACCAUACCACGGACGGCUUUUAGGAUUUCCGAAGGGGAGGGGGGGUUCACGAUUAUGGAAUUCUGAGGGCAUGGGGGGUAUUUACGAUUGCAAAUCUGAAGGCAUGGGGGAAUUUCACAGGUGGGAUUUCUGGAGUAGAAAGUGUAGAGUGAGUUCUUUGAAAACGCUAUUGUUGUGGACUUUUGUAGUUCGUAAAUAAAUCACGAACGUAUGACCGCGGAAGCAGAAGACAAACAUUGAUAGAUCAGACACGUGUUUACGCUCAUAACUUAUAGAAGUGAACAGUAAAACGUGGGUUUCACAUUAACCUUGAUGAAUUUCUUUUCACAUGAGAAAAAAAUGGAAUAUGUAUCUUACUGCUUGCAAGCUUCUUGUUACUCCCGUCCGAUGAACAGUAAAAAAACUCGCACCAGUCCCUGGCUUCCAAGGAACGCCUGUCAGAUUAGAACACUUUUCGUGCACACUACAUGACCUAUAUAAGGAAGCAACACGACUCGACGGUAUAUUUGACCGCCGAAAGAUUUUAACAGUCUGAAUUUGAGCUAUUUUGCUUUGUAAACGUCAAAACAGCACAAGAAAACAAAGAGGAGUAAAAUUGCCGUUAGUGGUGUUUAUUUUUAUUGCCAAAUUCGGACCUAAAAAGGAGUUGCACAGCCUGGCUACUAGCGGUAGGUUAGAGUAAAGCUUGUCGCCUGGCGCUGCUAGAUCACAGUCUUGAGGAGGCAUAAAUUCAUGUUCGUUUGUUCAUAUAGGCGUUGCUAAGUCGAAAAUGUACUUCCAAAAAAACGGAAAUUCUGAAGGGGAGGGGGGGGGUUCACGGUUAUGGAAUUCUGAGGGCAUGGGGGGGUAACACAUUUUGGAAUUUCCAAAGGCAAGGGGGGGAUAAAACAUGGAAGCCGUCCGUGGUUGGGUAUGGAUAUUUUCUGGGAUUACCCAUUGGGCGACCACAGGGAAUUAAGACUUUGUGACAACUGAUCAGUUUUGCUCCCUGGAGAAUAGGGAAGGGUACUGGGCCUUAGUUUUAGGGGCAUUUAAAAUUUUUGGGACACUUCCCUCUAUUAAAAUUCAAGCUUUUUAGCUCAGGAUACAGGUUAUCUGCUUAAGGACGCACAUUUUAUGUGGACAAGAUACUAAGCUGAUUUGCGCAUUGCUAUGUUACAGGAACAACCUCAACUACUGUACAGAAGAAAUGAAGCACCCUGAAAAGUAUGUAACUCUGAAGAACUUAGGAGAUAUUUUCAGUCUUAAGUUUUCUUUUUUAGUUUGCUUUGUGUCAUUAUACUUUUCACUAUCUGAUGCCAGUAGAUGCCCUUCAUUUCAUUCUAAACCAUCUCCAAAUUAAGUUACCGUUAAAUUCCGAAAAUAAGCCCCUCCAAAUAUAAGCCCCCCAAAAUCGUAACGCAAAAAACCCUCCUUUAAAUCGCCCCUCCGAAUAUAAGCCCCCCGGGGGGCUUGUACUUGGAAUUUGCCCUCAAAUACAAAGUAAAACAAAGCAAAAAUGGUAAAUUGCCUUUCCACUAGCUAGCCCAAGCAAAAGCUAGCUCAACCGAUUUUAUAACGCAAAUUUCCAUCCGUACAUAAGCCCCUCCGAAUAUAGGCUCCUCCAAAAAUAAGCCCCUCAAAAAGGGCCUUUGAAAAAUAUAAGCCCCGGGGCUUAUUUUCGGAAUUUUACGGUAUCUCAAAGCACAAAUGACCUGCAAUCCCAAGAUAUUAACCAAUCAAUACCUGUUUCUUUAUGGAUGUUGUCUGUUGAUGCCAUUAUGUCAAGCCCUACUAUUUAAUCACAAAAGGUGCUUACAACCUAAUGAUUAUGUAUUACUCUCUUUUACCUACAGAGAUAUGCCUAGGGCUAUAGUCAUUGGUAUCUCCCUAACCACUGUGUGUUACUUGAUGGUCAAUGUGGCCUAUGUAACUGUAUUGGGAUCAGCUGGGAUUCUGGCAUCUGAAGCAGUGGCAGUGGUGAGUUUAGGGAGGCACAAAUUUCCAACUUUACAUUCUAAACUCUGUAUGUAUAUUACCCAGACAACUUUGAAUUGAUACCAUUUACUGAGUCAUGUGUUUGCCUUUUACAGAGUUUAGCAGGGUCAUAUAACCUUCUAUGACUUCAGGGCUAUCACUAAGCACCUGGGGUGCAAGAUUUCCCACGCUCACUAUAAGGAUAACCCCCAGCUACCUUCUUAGGAAUCAAAAGAAAAAUAAAAGCAAAAGAACUUUCUAGCUGUUCAAUUCUGUGUUCUAAAAGCAUAUAACCAACAACUUGAAAUCUCACUGACAGCCCUGAUGAUUUGCCAUUGAGUUCCUCUAAUCAUGACAGUAGGGAGCUACGAUGACGACCACAACAAUGACUUCAAAAAAACAAUAGGUUUAAUGAUCAAAAUAACAGCCCUGCACGUGCAUCACGCUUUUUAGUACAUUUCUUUGACGUCCACUGCACGACUACGACGUGAAACCUCGAUCCUAAUUUCACCUUUUAUAGAGGACGUGGACCUAAGACAACAAAUUUUCCUUUAUCUUUUUAAACCUGAAUAAAAUCCUCAAGAAUUCAACUCCAGGAAAAGUCGCCUGCAUUUGACAUAUCGAGCGGGUCCAAAUAGAUGCAAUUAAGUUUGAAAGAAUGCAAAUUCAUUUUUUUACAGAUGUUUUCACUGCCAUCGUCGUCGUCAUCCUUGCUUUAGGUUCGUAAUGUUGUCCAGGUGGUUUGCUGGUUCCAUCCAGUCUAUCCCACCAGAGAAACUUAUCCUCAAACAAGUUCAUGUUCUUCCCCUGUGUUUCUGUUGAUAUUUCCCUCGGUCUGACUUAAUUUAGUCCACUGACUGCAUAUGGAAAGAAAUAAGUCAUUCCUCCCCUAAACCUUUCUUUACAACUCUCUUAGUGAGAUUCAGGCAACUUAAUUCAUUUUUGUGUUUACGAAUAGCUUUACAAUGCAUUUUUUGUUUAAAUAUUAAUUUAGAGUGUUGGCAACUUGUACCUUGGACCAGUGCAUUGGAUCGUUCCUGUUUUUGUGGCUUGUUCGACAUUUGGAGCUGUCAAUGGACUUCUCUUCACUAGUGGAAGGUUUGUUUCAACAAUCCUUGGCCCUACUAUGCACAUUUUACCAUGUUUAACCAUUUAAAUAGUCAGGGUAAGUUAGAGUAUUAUAUUGUUACCUCUGCUUGCUUUCCAGGUUAGUGUAUGUCGCUGCUCGAGAUGGCCUAAUGCCUCCUCUGUUGGCCAUGAUUCAUGUUAAGAGAUUCACUCCUUUGCCAUCCCUCUUUUUUACAGUAAGUACAAGUCUCUUUUUCUACAGUUGGCCUAGUUUGGUUUAGAUGGGGACCAAUGACCAUUUUUGACAAUAAACACAUUGAUGUUUCAUUACACGUGUUUUAACCAACUUCCUCUCUUGAUUCCAGACAAUUGUUGCCAUUUUGAUGUUAAUCCCAGAAGCUAGCAGCUUCAUGACCUUGGUUGAUUUCUUCAGUUUUGCUGCCUGGUUGUUUUAUGGUAGUACAUUUGCAGCCCUUCUGUGGAUGCGACGAUCAAGAGCAAAUGUAGAAAGGCCUUAUAAGGUAAGCCAGAAUUGCUGAUAAUAGUAACUGUUGCACAGCCAUCACUGUUUGGAAUUGUUGGAAAAAGCAUAUGCCAUAUUCUUGUACUGCCAAAUUUUAUAAAAUUCCUGAUCCCCCACCCUUAAUAAUAGCCAUAUAAAUUGUGUUGAAAAUUGUGAGAAUCAUGUCUCUUGUAGGGCGUCUUGACUGAUGUAUCAGCUGAUAUAUUGGUAAACUGUUGGUCAUAUUGGUCACCAUAUUGUUUAAUUCCCCAGAUUAACCAGUUACCAAAUUGCAGGGUAUUUUCAUUUAUUGACGGACAGACCUCAUCCAGAAACUUCAAAUUUGUGGCUACUCUUUUUCAGUUUCCCUCCCCACUUGGUUUCCCAAGGGACCUGACAUAAGUGAUUUGUUAUAUUUCUAGACUUUCACUUCAACAGUGACACAAGAAUAAUGGAGCGAAUCAAAUCAUUUGACUCCGUUCUUAUAAGAACUCAAAUUUAAUUUUCAAAACCUCUGAAUCACUGAAUGAAUGAUUUACACAGUACUUUCCUUAUCUUACCUGCAUCUUUUUCCUCCGCUAGCUGCUCUUUCUCUUCAGGGAUAACUUUUAAAAUCGUUGCUUUUUAGCUUUUUUGGAGGCUUCAUGUUUGUGUUGUGGUUCUUGUUGUGUUCAUUCUUCCCCCCCCCCCCCCCCACCUGAGUUCCGACGCGGUUUCUUCCGAUCUAAAACCUCUGUAUAACCGAAGGAAUUAUUUUCAAAAUAUUUUCCUUUACUUCCCCUCCUCUUUUUCCCCCGCCAGUUGCUUUUUCUUUUCAGGGUAAAAUUUUAAAAUCUUUUCUUUUUAUCUUUUUUGGGGGGUUUCUGUUUGUUUUUUGGUUUUUUUUGUUUUUAUUCCCCCCCCCCCCCCCCAAGAAAAAAAAAAAAACUGGCAUUGUUUUUCCCAACUUCUAUCAUGCCACUUUCCACCAUGCUUUGAUCACAUGCUGUAAUGUAUCCUGAACAGGUUACAUUUGCUCAAUGUAUCACGAUUGGGAUACAUUUGAUUUUAGUCAAGGCCAUGUGACCAAGAAUGAACCAGUGGCAGUCCCUGUUUACUUGAGUGAAAGUCUAGGAAUAUAACAAUAUUAUUUGUUUUAUACUUCAGGUAAAUAUCAUCAUACCCAUUGGCAUGUUGCUUGCCUCUAUUUACCUUGUUGUUGCACCAAUCACAACUGAUCCAUGGGGAUCUCUCAUAGCUCUGGCAAUAAUCGUGGCAGGUCUUCCAUUCUACUGGCUGUUCAUUUACAGUGAUAAGGCACCAAAAUUUAUCCUUAAUGCAGCAGGUAAGACUCAGAUACUUAGAGGAUACCUAACCCUAACCCUAACCCUAAAUAUCUUGCUAAGAAAGACUACAUGUUCUCAGCUUAAGUGUUGCCUCAAGCCUCUGUGCUCUUUGCUUGCCUUUUAGUCCCUGCAAUAUAGGGGAUGUUACAUAUGUUCUGCUUUCAUUAUUUUGUGUUGAAUUAUGUCCAUAACAAUGUUUGGCCCAUAAAAGUUUAUUGAACUUCUAGAGCAUGAUGUAUGCAAUGUGUUAUGUAAUUAGAUCUCUGUACAUAGCCAACAUGGUUGCACACAUAUAAAGCGGUGGGUAUUUUGGGAGCGCAAGAUGGUUACAUUUAGUUAAAUGGAUACAUUGAGAAAUAUCAGCCUUACUGGAACUUAUGUCCACUAUUAUAAUUAUUAUGUAGAUCAUUAACUCUUCAGUUUACAAACUUUAAGAUUAUCAAUUAGAUGAUGUAUUCUGUCAAUGACAAAUUGCAUUUUUUUUCCAGAUACGUUCACAGCCUGGUGUCAGCGGGUAGGGAACAUGGCUUUUGAGGAUCCUGACACUGUGCCAGUUGAAGUAUAA